AUGGAAUUAAAUAAAUCGAAUAUAAUGGUUGCAACUGAUGGAUCCUAAGCAUCCAAAUAAGCUUUCUUUGUACCAUAUUUUAAGAUAUUGAUUAGUAAGCAGUUGAGUUCUUUGAAUAUAAGAAUAUUUUCAAUUAAAUUAUUGUAACCCAUGUAUCAGAUGGAUCAAAAACCUAUUUGCCUUUUGAAUUCCAAAGCACUACAAUUUAUGAGGAUUAUAAAGUUGAAUUAUUAUCAAGAGUAAUUGAUUAACAUAUUUUUAAUUUUUAGUAUCCAGAAGCAAAUUACUAAUUAGUUUUUUAGGAGAAAGCUUAAGGUUAAGAAAAUGUUAGAAAUUAAAUUUUAAGUAUUGCUGGUGAUUUGAAUGUGAGUUAUUUGAUAGUUGGAUUUAAUGGAAGAAAGGGAGUGAAAUAAGAUGUCACAAUUUUAGGAUAGACAGUGAGAAAUUCAGUAUACAAUAGUAAAGUACCUUUGAUAGCAGUUAAGAAACUCUAUAAAAGGGAUGAAACAAAUGGAUUUAAAUUUGUGGUUUGUAUAGAUGGAUCUAAGAAAUCUUAUAAAUCUUUAGAAAGUGCAAUUGCAUUAUCUUUUGAUGAACGUGAUAGUUUAUUGAUAUGUUUUGCUCCUACUCCUGAUAGAGAGGCAUUUGGAACUACUAUUAAGACAAAGGUUGAAGAGUUUAUGGGAAAAUAUUAAAGAAAAUGGUAAUAUAAAUAAUUGGAUGCAUCUUAUAGAGCAAUAGAAAAUGUGAUUGAAAUGAUAAAUAAUUCAGAUGAUCUUGAUUUUGUUGUAUUUGGUUCAAAUGGAUAUAGAGCAUAAUUAGAAAACAAAACAUUUUUUGGUUCAACAGCUGAUGAAUUAUUAAAAAAGGCAAAGGCAAAUAUUAUAAUGGUACCUUGA